AUGGCUAGGCAACAAUGGACGAGGGGCCCCGUAUGCGGAGUCGACAACUGCCGCUCUCGACUAUACCGCAACCACGACGGUUUAACCGUCUGCCAAUUCGGGCACGUCUUAGAAGGAGCCGUCGAGUUCAACGAUGAUCAAGAUCAAGCCAUGGUGACCACGCGAAGAUUGAAAGGGGUCUCGGUGGAUGAGCGGGGGAAAUUAGCGAGCCAGUCCGCGAGCCAGCGGGAUUUCUCGAGGACAAGCAACCGGAAACGGGAACGGUUGAGUGGAGCUGAGGCCCAACCGAUUCUUUUCCGAUGCUUGCAGAUUUUAUUGAAGGAGGAAUUGCGCGCUAUGAUUAAGUUGUUCUUCCACGAUGAGGCUACUCAUCAAGACUUGACUUUGUUGGUCCAGACCAACUGGUGCAAACUUGUCACCAAGUUAUACAGGCCGGAGAACGGGGAGAACGGGGAGACCUGGGAGACGGGGGAGCAAGCGGAGCAAACAGAGCAAGAGGAGGAGGAUGAAUCGGAUGAUGAUGAGCUCGAGGUGAGUGGGAGACCGCGAAGGAUGGGGCCAGUGUAUCUGCAGGUAGGAGCCGACAUUUUGGACCUCGUGUUGAUCAUCUAUGUGUCCAACUUGCAGCUUCAAGCGGCCCCGCUCUACCUUUCCGAUAUCUUGCAAUGCAUCAAGAGAGACAGGAUCCCCUAUUUCAAAACGUACCAUUUUUUCGCCCAGGAGGACCUCGACCAGCUUCAUACGCCUUACUAUGCCCGUUUGCAAGGGUUUGGGAUCCCGCCACCGAUACAAGUCUACAAGCGACUAAAUAGACUCAACCCGGUAAUCCUCGACUCCAAGCUUUGCAUUCCCGUGAGUUUCUACUUUCCAUUCAUAUUCAAAGUGUUGUCGCAUGUUUUGCAUUUGGACAAUGCGCCCACUGCGUUUAUGCUAAUUGAACAAUCUCUCGUGCUGAUGGGCAAGACAAGCUUUGAAAUCCAAAAGCGAGUCCUAACUAUUAGAAAAGUCGUCGAUGCGUUCCCCGAAGUAUAUGUCAGCGUGGUCAUCAUCUUUAUUCUCAAGCUAAAUUUCCAGUUUGGCAACCAGAAAUUCUUUACUGAAAAUUUGGCAAAUGCUGCUGAGGAUUAUGACGAUGAUCGCGAUGGUGAUGCUCAUCGUGAUGACGCGGGUGUGAUUGAUAUGUCAGCUGACCAAACGAGCAGAUAUUGCGACUGGGUUUAUAAUCAUCUUGUGCCUCAGAAAUACAACGAGGUUGCUCAAAGUCAAGAGAUGGCCAUGGUUCUGAAGCGAUUGUUUCAAAUCUUUAACGUGAAAGGCUUGGUCCGAGUUGAAAAUGACGAAGAAGGAGAAGAGGAAGAUGAAGAUGAAGAUGAGUCUAGUGAUGAGUUGUCGAGGAGACCUCUAACAGAGAUUCGUGACGCUGCUGAAAUUGACGCCAUGUUGUUUCGCAAGCUUUCAAACACGGUAAAUCUUUCAUUGGAGGAACUUCGAAGUGUUUACAGGAUGGUGACUAAAAGAAUUACAAAAAUGAAGAACUUUGGCGAAAUGAAUUAA